AUGAGGGCUCCGUAUGAUCAUCCGGUUGGAUUACGGUUUGGCCCAGAGGAUCUAGGGCUGGUGAGGCUUUAUCUUCGCAACAUGGUCGAGAGGAAGCAGAGCGAUUUCUUAACAACUUUGGACGUUUACCAAGCCGAUCCGUGGCUUCUUCCUCACGUAAGCAAUCCUCUUUUCAAGAAAAAGGAGUGGUACUACUUUGUUCCGAGAACUAAACGACAUAGAAAUAAACCACGCCGGACCGUACCUCCAAGAGGAGGAAGCGAAGGCGGCUAUUGGAGAAGUGGCGUUAAGAAAGUGGAUGUAGUGGAUGAAAAUAAAUUUGUCAUGGGUCACAAGCAGCCCCUUACGUACCAUAGCAUAGUGCAUGGAAAAGACGUGAAGACCGGAUGGCUUAUGACCGAGUAUCUCCUUCCCAAACCUGACAACGAAUUCCAAGAUUUGGUCUUGUGUCACAUCCGAGACAAGACAAAGACGAAAGUUGACAAAAUCGUUAACCAAUUCCCUCGGACUCAGCCUCAGCUGGCGCAUACCACCAACAACAUCUUAGCGAACCAGUUAGUGCAAGAGGCUGGUUUCACCGGUUUUGCUGAUGAGCCUGAGACGAUCAUGCUAGAGGGACAAGAAGAUCUUGACACUAAAGAAGAGGCUGAUUUAACCAGUUUCGCUGAUGAGCUUGAUAUGCCAAUGCAGAUGCUAAAGGGAGAAAAAGACCGCGUUGUUCAACUAAAACAACAAAAGUUAUACGAAGAUAUGCUCAUCUUUUCUCCGACGCAGAGCGGCGACAACAACAACGAUGACACAGUCAAUAUGAUGUCGAUCCAACUCGCAGAUCAUCUAAUAGGUUUUGGUGAUAAGCUUAAGACGAUGAGGCUAGGGAGACAAGAAGAGUGUGAUGUUACUCAACAUCAACAAAAACAGCUAGAAGAAGAGAUACCUAUCAUUCCUCCUACGAUGCAGAACAACAACACCAACGACGACAUGAUGGCGUGGAACCAAAAAGUGUCUGACAUAGAAGAAUUCCUGAUGAAAGACACGGAAGGCGAAGACGACGUCACCGAACAACAGCAAGAGAUAUGUGAACUGCUGCAACCGAUUUAUCAAGCUCAAGAAGAUUGGGGACAACUCGUGGACCAAGAUGAUACGAUGAUGAUGAUUGACAAUCCUAAUAACGCCCUAACGUUGGGGAAUUAUGAGUUAAUUGAUCGAACAACUUAG